AUGGCUCUGAAAAUAUCCUUCCCUGUGCUCCUGCUGUCCCUUGUCCUGCUGGGGGCUUGGCUGGCUCUGGCCAACGGGCAGCUGUGGAACGAGAAGAAUGACAAAUUCCUGCUGAAGCACUGGAAUUACCCCAGGAGCGAGGACUCCAAUGGCACCUACUGCGACACUAUGAUGCAGCGCCAGGAGAUGUACGGCCAGGAGGCCAACACCUUCAUCCAUGCACCCAUAGGAUCCAUCAACAGCAUCUGCAACCUGGGUGGGACACCCGGCAAGCCAAAUGAACGCCACAGCGUCGCUCCCUUCGACCUCACCGUCUGCGCCUUUAACUCAACGAGCCGCACCUACGCCGGGACACGCUAUGUCCGCAGAAUUGUCCUCGACUGCUGGAAAGGGCUCCCCAUAGACUAUGUGAGGCACAUAUAG